AUGGCUUCGUCUCUGCUUUGUUCUAUUACUGCCCGCGCUUUAAUUCUCUUGCUCUUAUACCUAGCUUCCAUGUCUACCAAUCUAGCUGCAAAGCAUAACCACCAUGGCUAUCGCCGCCACCGCUCACGCAACCGUUCUCCUACUUCAAACCAAAGGCUCCACCAAGCUUAUGUUGCCCUCCAAGCGUGGAAAAGAGUUAUAUACUCUGACCCAAGCAACUUCACCAGCAAUUGGGUCGGUCCUGAUGUAUGUAGCUACAGAGGAGUAUAUUGUACAGCUUCUCUUGAUGAUCCCAAAAUCAGAGUCGUCGCAGGCGUCGACCUCAACUCUGCUGAUAUAGCAGGUUUCCUUCCCAUUGAGUUAGGCCUCCUCACUGACUUAGCACUCAUCCAUUUGAAUAGCAACAGAUUUUGUGGGAUUAUCCCACAAACUCUAGCCAACCUUUCACUUCUAUACGAGCUUGAUCUCAGUAACAACAGAUUUGUAGGCCCUUUCCCAUCUCCUGUGCUCUGUCUUCCUGUGCUGAAGUUUCUUGACCUUCGCUACAAUGAGUUUGAAGGGCCAGUACCUCCUCAACUUUUCCAAAAGGAGAUUGAUGCAAUAUUCAUUAAUAAUAAUCGCUUUAGCAGUGCGGUUCCUGCAAUCUUAAAUGGAACUUCAGCUUCUGUUAUUGUCAUUGCCAACAACAAAUUUGAAGGCUGCCUGCCGCCGAGUAUAGCCAACUUUGCAGACACUUUAGAAGAGUUGCUGCUGAUCAACACAAGCUUGACAGGUUGUUUGCCUCCAGAAGUAGGGUAUCUCUACAAACUGACGGUGUUGGAUGUAAGCCAAAACAAAAUAGUUGGUCCUAUACCCUAUAGCUUGUCAGGAUUAGCUCAUUUGGAGCAGCUAAAUUUAGCACACAAUCUGAUGACUGGGAGUGUGCCCGAGGGAGUUUGCAUACUUCCAAGUUUGGCUAAUUUUACUUUCUCCUACAACUUCUUUUGUGAGGAAGAGGGCAUUUGCAUGAAUCUCACAUCUAAAGGCAUCAAAUAUGAUGAUCGUCGCAAUUGUUUGCCAGAGAAGCCAUUCCAGAGGAGUCAGAAAGAAUGCAACGAUACACUCGAGCAUCCUGUGGACUGCUUUGAGCAACACUGUGUAGCCAGUGCAGCAGGUGGUGUUUCUGGCAGUUCUACUCUUUUUGCUCCUGCACUAGUGCCUGCUGCUACACCUCUGCUGUCACCUUCCAUGGCUCCCAGCUUCACGUAA